ACGGCGAUAUCUUCACGGUGUCGAUAGUGGUUAUCGACAUCAAUUAAAGGUGUUUCUUGAAGAAUCUUUCAUGUGUAACUGUCUUAACCCAUAUUAUCUCUCUAGAUUAGUUCUUAAUCGUUUCAAAAUGGUUGUUCAAGCUUGUUACGGUUUUAAUUUAGAUUUUUUGGGGUUUGUUUUUUAGAAUAUUCCGUCCCUAUCUGUUACUAUAUUUGUUGAGCUUUAUCGUAGUGGUUUGUAGGUGAUGAGUGGGAUUAAAAAGUUAGGGUUUUUAAUUUUCAGAUUGGGGGUUAUGUAUUUGAGAAGAUAUUCCCUGUACCAUGUCCGUAAAAUAUGCUUUAAAAGUGUGCCUUUUAUGGACUUUUUGCUGAAACUAGUUCAUUUUUGAUAUUUUUUUCAGGUUUACCCUACUAAUUGACCAUGGAGGAGAUCAUAUUUACCUACAUUCACUACGGUGGGACAUUUUUAGGAAAUUCUGGCCCUUAUUACCGUUCACUUUUUGUGCCAGCCAUUAGGUAUAUCAAGAAAGACUACUAUUUUCUAAUGGAAUUGCUUUAUUAUACUAGAGAAUUGGGUUAUUUAACAAUUGGUGGGCUUUGUUUUUUUUUUUUACCAAGAUGCAAAUACUAGAGAAUUCCAUAUCAUUCAGUCUGACCAGCAUCUACUGGACCUAAUAAAAGACUUAAAAAAUGAGGACCCCUUUCAUGUAUAUGUUCUUUAUUCAUUGGACAGUGCCUUAGUUGACACUGAUGGGUCCUAUAGGUCUUUUACCAGGCCAGAAGUUUCUUUUAGUCAAACUAGGUCAUUAAAAGAGGUUGGGGCUAUUAAUAACUUAGAUGAAGAGAGUGUUGGGGCUGCUGCUAAUAACCUAGAUCAGGAGGGUGUUGGGGUUACUACUGAGUUUGCAUAUCAUGAGGGUGAUAGGGCUGCUACUGAGUUUGUAGAUCAGGAGGGUGUUGGGGCUGCUAGUGAUAACUUAGAUGAAGAAGCAUUUAAUCUAGUAGAUGUUAAUGUAGAGGGUAAUAUAUCUAAUUUUGUGAAUAGUGAUUCAGAUCUAGGAGAAAUACCACCAGAAGAUGGGUCAUAUGUAGAUGAGGAGUUGAGAGCUAUUAGACAAGAAAGAAGAAGUAAAAAAAAAAAAAAAAAAGAGGGCUGCUGCAACUCAAGAAAUUGUAGUUGGAAAGGCUGUUGGAAUAGAUAGAGGGUUUGAGGAUAGUAGGAAAAAUAAGACUAAUAAAUAUGCUGGGAAAUUGGUUGGAGAUGAGGAAUAUAUUGAUAGCUCUAACUGUUGGAGUGAAGAUAGUGAGGAAGAGCUUGAUGUGGAUGUUGUUAGGGGGAUAGAUUUUCCUUCUAGAAGGAAAAACAAAAAGUUAGGUAUGAUGAAGAUUGUGAGGUGGCUGUUUUUGAGUUUGAAAUGGUCUUUGAUGGUGUAACACAAUUUAGAAAGGAUCUAGCAGACUAUGCUGUAGAAUAUAGGAGGCAGUUGAAGGUAAGACCAAAUGAGAGCCAUAGGGUGAGGGCUAAGUUUAAAAAUACUAAGUGUAAGUGGCAGUUGACAGCUAAACUUGAUAGGGACACAUGUGAUUUUAUGGUGAUUACCUAUCAUCCCAUUCACAAGUGUAUUCCUUUGAACAAAAAUAAGAUGUGCAAUUCUAAGUUACUAGCAAUGAAGUUUAAAGACAUAAUUGUUUCUCAACCUUAUAUAAGGAUAUGGGAAAUUCAGGAAUUGGUAAGGGACAAGCUUGGUCUUUAUGUUGGCAAGACUAUUUGCUACAAGGCAAAACAGAGGAUUAUAAUAGAAAAUAUGGGUGACUGGAAUAUGAAAUUUUCCAGAUUAUGUGACUAUGCUGACCUGAUCAAGCAAACCAAUCCAGGAAGUAGUUGUUCGGUUAAAAUUGAUGAAGCGACUGAACCAGGGAAAAACUUGUUUGUAUACUUCUAUGUGUGCUUUCAAGCAUUUACGCAAGGCUGGUUGGAUGGAUGCAAAAAAAUAAUAAGAUUUGAUGGUUGUUUUCUCAAAGGAGUUUGUAAGGGUGAGCUGUUGGUAGCUGUGGGAAAGAAUGAGAACAACCAAAUGUAUCCUAUUGCCCGGGCAGUGGUGGAUCCAGAGACCAGACAUAGCUGGAAUUGGUUCAUAAAGUACUUGAUUGUUGAUCUGAAUUUGGUAAAUGGUGAAAGGUUGACUGUAAUGACAGAUAUGCAAAAGGGACCGAUUUCUGUUUUAUAGUGCUUCACCAACCAAUAUUGAUAUUGGUUAAAAAGCUCGUGGACUGAAAUGUCAAGGAAAUGAUGCAAUGACCACAUCACAACUAUGCCAAAUGAGAGCCAACAAGAGAAACCUAAAGGAUGCAUCAGUAGCAAGCAGAUCUUCAGCAAAAGGAAGCUCCAAGAAGUUGUUAAUCUAGGAAAUUUGUUAUGUUUUUUUUGUCUAUGUAAACUGCUACAUUUAGGGUCUUGAACUAGUGUCUUUAGUUUAUGUAAACUGCAGCAGUGCUUUGAGCUGCAAUCAUUUUGUUUAUCUAAACUUAUGUAUUACUUUGAUAAUGGGCAAUUGUGCUAAUGACAUUUGCAGUAGUAAUCUUGAAUUUAACCAA